UUCAAACAUUUACAUGGAUACUUUAAACAUCAAUUAGGUUUUUAAAGAAAUAUUCUAAGAAAAAAGCAUUCAAGGGCAGAAAUGGCCACUGAGAAGAGACAGAUGAUUCAUGGGGUGGAGGUGGUGUUCCCCUGUAAGCCCUACCCCUCCCAGUUCAGUAUGAUGGAGAAAGUGAUCAAAGGGAUAGAGAGAGGGGAGAACUGCCUUUUGGAGAGCCCUACAGGCAGUGGCAAAAGUUUGGCCCUGUUGUGUUCUGCAUUGGCCUGGCAGACUGCAGAGUACAAUAAAAGGGAAAAGGAGCUCUUAAAUUCAAGUGACAAAGAUACUAAGACACAUUGCACUUGUAACGGUGAAAAAAGAAAAGAGAGUGAAAAUAAAUCUUCAGAGGAAAAGGCCAGACGUAAAAGUGUUCUGGAUGCUAUUUCUGCCAGCCCCUCAGGUUUUGGUGAUAACGAUGAUGACGAGGAUUUCCAGCAGCCAGGUAAUUUUAGAACACCUGGAAACCUUAAACAGAAUGCCAGAAGACAUCUUCCUAUUUCGUAUGAGACUUCAUCCCCCGCUGAUGAAGCUGCCAAAAAUAUGGAAUCUCCUGAAUCAAGUAAACCUUGUACGUGUUGUGCUGGUGAUGGACCUAAAGCUAGAAAGGUACCUAAGAUUUACUUUGGAACCAGAACACAUAAACAGAUUGCACAGAUCAUCAGAGAGUUGAAGAAAACAGCUUACAGGGAAGUCAAAAUGACCAUUUUGGCGGCACGGGAACACACCUGUAUACACCCAGCGGUCAGUCAGAUGAGGGGCAAGAACGAGGGCUGUAAGGAAUUACUGGAUGGUCCUGGAUGUAAAUUUAACGACCGUUUAAAGAGAGUCCCGGCCACACAGGACUACAUGAAGAAGCAUGGCCUAACUGAGGCGUGGGAUAUCGAGGAUUUUGUAGGACUCUCUAAAACUCUCAAGGUUUGUCCGUAUUUUGCCACCAGAGAUAUGAGGAGUGGAGCAGACAUUGUGUUUUGUCCGUACAACUAUCUGAUUGACCCAGUCAUAAGAGACACGAUGGAGAUCCAGCUCAAAGGUCAAGUUGUCAUUCUGGAUGAGGCCCACAAUAUGGAGGACACAUCUCGGGAAGCGGCCGGGGAGAAAAUAGGGGACGACAUUCUCGAAAAGGCGAUCAAUGAACUGGAUGAACUCAUUAAGUUUGAGAUCCUUACAGCAGAACAUCUCAGAGUGAGGCAGCUGUGUGCAGGACUCCUUGGGUUCAUCCGAGACAACCAGGAUCAUUUACAGAAUAUGGACUUUGACCAUGAGUACAAAUGCUGGUCAAGCUAUGAUAUCGUAGUCAGACUGGAGAAAAUCGGGGCAGGUCCUAAACAGUUCCAGGAAAUGCAGAAACACCUGAGUAAGGUAUUUGAGGAAGCUCUAGAUAAAGAGACGAUAGUGAAGGAUAUGUCUGGGCGAGUGAUAAAGCUCAGCAGUGCCACCUUACAGACACUGGAACACAUCAUUAAGGUGUUCACCUACCUGUACAAGAACGACCUUCAGUUUGUCACGGACUACAAAAUGGCCGUGGUCAAAACCACGGUCUACACCAGGAAUGCUAACACGGACGAUAUGUGGUUGAAUUCUAAGAGGCGAAGGGGAGGUGCCCCUAUUCAGCCGACCACUCAACUGUCCUUGAACUUCUGGUGCAUGAAUCCGGCAGUGGCCUUUUCUGACCUGUCAAUGUGUAGAAGUGUGGUCUUAACAAGUGGUACUCUAUCACCCAUCAACUCCUUUGAGUCUGAGUUAGGAGUUCCCUUUCCCAUCAAACUGGAGGCUAACCAUGUGAUUGAGGACAAACAGGUGUGGGUGGGGGCGGUGGGUCAGGGGCCCCGGGGAGGGACUCUGGAGGCGGUGUACAGGUGUGUAGAGACCCUCCAGUUUCAGGACGAGCUGGGAGAACUGGUCCUCAGAGUGUGCCAGCAAGUUCCACACGGUGUCCUGUGUUUUGUUCCCUCCUACAGUACUCUGGGUAAACUGAAGACGAGGUGGGAGAUCACGGGUUUGUGGGAUCGGAUCAGGGAAUAUAAGGAUGUGAUGGUGGAGCCUCGGGCCUCAGACAGGGUAGAUUUUGAGGACCUGAUGAGACAGUACUAUGAUUCUAUACACAUGUCACAGGAUCAAGCUGAUGGAAGGAAGACAGGUGCCCUGUUUGUGGCAGUAUUCCGGGGUAAAGUCAGUGAGGGGAUGGAUUUUGCUGACAACUACGCCAGAGCCGUAAUCACUGUUGGCAUUCCAUAUCCCAAUGCUAAAGAUGUUCAGGUGAAAUUCAAACAAGAGUUUAACAACAUGUAUCGCUUAUCGAGAGGGCUGCUGUCAGGAUCAGAGUGGUACGAUAUCCAAGCCUUCCGAGCGUUAAACCAAGCACUGGGGCGAUGCAUUAGGCACAGGAAAGACUGGGGAGCUAUUAUCCUGGUGGAUAACAGAUUUGUCAAAAAUGUCCAUAAAGUUCAAGGUUUGUCUAAGUGGGUGAGAAGGAAGGUUCAGUCAUAUCAGACCUUUGAUGCAGCCAUGGACUCCAUUGACAAGUUCACUAAGGCUAGGCAAGAGGACAUGCCAGUUGUCAACCCAGACACAUCAUUUAUACCUGGGACCCCAGUAACACCUGGUCAACACCUAGGAUCACAGAUGACAUCGCCAAUUACCUCUACACCCUAUGCCCUGGGGUCAGAGACACCUAUAGGGAAAGGAUUUUCACUAGAAACCCCACUGAAAUCCAUCAUAAAAUCCCCAAACACAUUACUAGGAUCACCUGAACAAGGAGCAGGAAAAUCAAAUCAGUGUGUGCUGAUGUCACCCACUGAUGUUCACAAAAACCAGAGUUACCAGAACCUGGUGCAGAAUCGACAGGUGGUUCAACCAGAGGUAUUGGCCCAAAAUAACCAGUUAGCCCACAAUAACCAGCUAAGUGUUCCUGCAGCACAGCCCCUGAAUCACAUGUCAGAGAUAAUGAAGGUCAUUAACUCUUCCUCUGCUCCUAAAGACAAGCCGUACUACAUCAUUAUAGGUCAAGGAACGCCUCAACAACAGAUGUACCUGAUAGAACCUCCUCCAAAACCAGCACCCCAGCCCGGAAAUAAGGUGGUGGUACCAACCCCAAAUCUAGAUCAAGGUCAAACACCAAGCAAGGUCACUGGCCAAGGUAAGACUGAGUUCAGUGGGCAAACACCAAAUAAGGUUUCUUUGGGACACACACCUGGCAAGAGUUUCCAAACUAAGCCAGGAUUGACAAGUCAGCAACCAAGGGCAGCUACUACUGAAACAAUGCAAACAAAUCAGAAGACAAAUGCUACCUCAGAGUCUGCAGGACCCGUCAUAGAUCUCACUGAACAGUCUGAGCCAUCAGAAAUAAAAAGUAGUGAGAAAGAGAAGAAUGUUGAAGGAAAGUCAGAUGAGAAUAAUGGAACAGUACAGAAUGAUCAAAGCUCUGAUGAAAAAUCCAACAGGUUUUAUAAGUUCUGUAGCAUUAAUGAUCCUCGGAAUGCAGAAUCUGUGACAAAAAAUCCUGAGAAUAAAGUACAGGAGCCUGUCACUCCUGUGUUGUUUGGUGAAAACUCACAAGAAGAGGAUCCUGUAAAGAAAGAACCAACUCAAAAGAAUGCUGUGUCUAUGAGCAGAAAACCUUUGUUUAGAAAAACAGGGAAGGGCAGUAUUAAACCAAAUGAUACAGUACAAAGUGAUGACAGCGAGAAAGAAUUCAAAAGCUGUAAAAAAUCAGCCGCUACAAAGGAGUUGUUGGAAGCUAGUCACAAUAACACAGAGAUGGACUCAGCUCUGGGUGAGGGCACCUCAGGAAAGGAGGAGGAUUGUCAUUUGAGGACAAGAAGGGGUCCUCGAGGACUGAAGAGAACCUCGGUCCCGAAGUCCAACUUGAGGAUGUCCAAGCGCAGGAAAGGGGUGGACUUUGAUGAGGGUGAAGAGGAGGGCAAAGAAAAUCAGUCUAUGAAUCAGUCACAAGCCAGCUGUAAAGUCUGUGGCCAGGUUCUGCUCACUCCUCUAGGUGAAUAUGAAAAAAGAAAAAGAGUUCCAAAGUUUUUGACUCAUUUGGACCUCUUCAGGAACAAGGCUGUACUAUUUACAUCAAACAAAGAAAAGAAGACCUCUUUCCAGCCAUGCACUGCAGAUACUGGGGGUAUAAAACUGAACAGUGUCUGGUGCCACGAGGAGCAAUGUUGUGUACAGUUUGUUUCCUGUACAGGGUGUCACAAAAAUGGUUCACCUGGCCAUGUGAUUGGAGCUCAGAUUGUUUGUGUGGACAAUUCAAACUUGUCACAUGUCCUGGAGAAGGGUCAGAUGUGGUUAAUUGCUGCUAAUGUGUCUAUAGAAGAUUGUUAAUGGAUUGAUAUGUAUAUGUUAUACAAUGUAUAUAAAUAAAUUUAGGAAUAAAUUUUUACAAUAGAA